AUGGGCUGGCUCCCGAACCCCUUCGGCUCGCCCCGCCGCGCAUCCUCACGCCCGGGCUACGCCCGCUCCUACGCUGGCUCAACCUACUCCUCCUCGCACCGGGCCUCAACAUCACGCUACAAGCGCUCCCCCCCGCGACGGCUACAUAUCCUACCUGUACGCCAAACUACGACCACUUCCUUGCGCGAAAUCUGGCGCUAUGCCCAGCGCCACCCGUACAAGGUGUUUUUCAUGGUCAUCAUGCCGCUCGUGAGCGGCGGCGUGCUGCACAAGCUCGCCCGCCAGUUCGGCGUCAACUUAACCGGAGAUGGGGAACCAUGGCGCGGGGACCGCGAGGGGGCGGGUAUAGUGGCAGCGGGCAUGCGGGGAGGAUAUUAUGGCAGCCGAGGGGAUAACUCGGGAUAG